GUACACAGCAGACGUUCCCCUCUUUCAGACUUUUCUGGCUUUUAGGGUUCGAAAAAAUUAGAUUCGAUCGUGUCGCGACCCGUCUCGGUUUUCUCACCGAAAUCUCUCAAUAUAAUCCUAAUUCCACCUCCCUCUAGGGUUUCCUCUCUUCCCCAAUUCGCCAGUUUCUCGAAUUCGCUGCUCUGAUUGGUCCGAUUCUGCCCCCAAUUCUUCAUAAAGCUUGGGUUUUUCCGCUUCAAUUCAGCUCUUGGAGAAAUUUGAGCCUGCAUGCCAUAAGUGAGUUAGUAUUGCUUGGAGGGUUGAUUGUUUGUGAAGUAUUUAUUUUUGGGGGCAAAUGUUUGCUACCAACAUGGAUGCGGCACGAGAUAUAGGUGGAGCUCAGAGCACAGUGUUGAUCCCAAUGCGGUUUGUGUGGCCUUAUGGUGGCAGAAGUGUGUUUCUCAGUGGUUCAUUUGCUCGCAGGUGGUCCGAGCUUGUUCCUAUGACGCCGGUUGAGGGCUGCCCGACUGUGUUUCAGGCCAUUUAUAGCGUCACGCCUGGUAUUCACCAGUACAAAUUCUUUGUUGAUGGGGAAUGGCGACACGAUGAGCACCAACCCUACGCAAAUGGUGAAUACGGGUUAGUGAACACCAUGGUCUUGGCUACAGACCCUAAUUUCUUUCAACCAAAUGUACCUCCAGAGACGAGUCCUGGAUCUCACAUGGAAGAGGACACUGAGGCCUUUAAGCGUUUGGUCCAGAUUACAGAUGGUACAUCAGAUGUUGUACCAAGGAUGUCAGAGGCUGAUGUGCAGGGCUCGCAUCAUCGGAUUUCUGUCUUCUUGUCCACUCACACCACUUACGAACUACUUCCGGAGUCGGGCAAGGUUGUUGCCUUGGACGUUGAUUUACCUGUGAAGCAAGCAUUUCACAUAUUGCAUGAGCAGGGGAUCCCUAUGGCGCCACUUUGGGACUUCUGCAAGGGACAAUUUGUUGGAGUUCUUAGUGCGUCGGAUUUUAUAUUAAUAUUGAGAGAGCUUGGGAAUCAUGGGUCUAAUCUGACUGAGGAAGAGCUUGAAACACAUACUAUAGCUGCUUGGAAAGAAGGAAAAGCAUAUCUGAAUGGACAAAUUGAUGGUCAUGGAAGAGCAUUGCCACGACGUCUCGUCCAUGCCGGGCCAUAUGAUAAUUUAAAAGAUCUUGCUUUGAAAUUUUUACAAAAUGAGGUGGCUACGAUUCCGAUCAUCCAUUCAUCUUCGGAGGAUGGUUCAUUUCCACAGCUAUUACACCUUGCUUCACUGUCUGGUAUUUUAAAAUGUAUUUGCAGAUAUUUUAGGCAUUGUUCUAGCUCGUUGCCCAUUCUCCAAGCACCAAUAUGUGCACUUCCUGUGGGUACUUGGGUUCCAGAAAUCGGAGAGUCAAAUCGUCGGCCAUUAGCAAUGUUGAGGCCAAGUGCGUCACUUAGUGCAGCUUUAAACUUGUUAGUUCAAGCUCAAGUAAGUUCAAUACCUGUGGUGGAUGAUAAUGACUCUUUGCUGGAUAUAUAUUGUCGGAGUGACAUUACAGCUCUAGCUAAAGAUAGAGCAUACGCACAUAUUAAUCUCAAUGAAAUGACCAUUCAGCAGGCGUUGCAGUUGGGACAAGACUCGUACUCUCCUUUUGAGCAGAGAAGUCAGAGAUGUCAGAUGUGUUUACGCUCUGAUUCACUUCAUAAAGUGAUGGAGAGAUUAGCCAAUCCAGGUGUCAGGCGACUUGUCAUUGUUGAAGCUGGCAGUAAGCGAGUUGAAGGGAUUGUUUCUCUAAGUGACGUUUUCAAGUUCUUGCUUGGAUAGCAGAAGCAAUGGAUGAUAAAGUUGGAAUGUGUUUGUUCAGUGCGGUUCUCAAUUGCAGACGGGCUUUAUAAGCACACGGUCCACAACCAACUAUUGAUUAGAGAAUCAAGUAUUGGAUUGGCCUCCUCAGUUCGCCUGAUGUUUUAGGAUUUUAGGCAAUAGGAGAGGCCUAUAAAUUGAAGGAUUUUAUUUCCUCCAAAUUGUUGAUCUUCCCUCCAUCAUUGAUUAUGUAUUAUGCUGCUGAUGUAGAUGCGAUGGUACUGAAUAGCAGGGUUUCUGUAUUAGUUUCUGUUAAAGUAGGAACGAUGAUCGAGUGUAGGAGGAUUGCUGAACAACUGAAGUUAUUAUGUGCUAUGCUUGUUGACAUGUAAUUGGCGUUUUGGUUCAUCUUUAUUCUUGUUGUUUGAUCUUUAAACAUUGUAAAUAGCAGACACACUGAGAAUUCAAUAAAGAACCAUAUUAUGUUGU